GAGAGAGAGAGAGAGAUUAGCUUAUUCUUAUUAGAUGUACAUUUUGAGCUGCAAAGCAGCACAACAUUCCGGGUCUGGAUUAAUGAACAAAACAUAAUUCAUAAAAAGACAUGGAAGAUGGAUUUGGAGUGAACACAUAUAGAGUGCUCCACACAUACACACAUACAGUGGCAUAGGGAACACAUAUGCCAGGAGCGGUGGGCAACCUUCUCCGUGUUACCUUGGUUGCAGCAUUAUGACAACAAUGGAGUGGCAGUGUGGUAAACCCAGGGAACAAACCCUCAAAAUCACAGUUUUGUCUCAUGUUGUGCAGAUGGAUGUGGACUUUCCUUGGAAACGACGCACGAGGGACCGUGCAGGUCUGAAGCAUUAAGGCUCACCUCGGAGGAGUGACCCCAAAACCCUAGAGAUGCUGACUUUCUCCAUGACUAAAACAUAGAGGCACGAGAGGCUUUCCUGGGCACUUUUUAAAAAUCUGUCUCUUUUGCUUUGGCAGUAAAUGAACGAGAGUCUUUUAUGUCAUAUCACUUAAAAACGUUUAGCACUUUUUAAAGUACAGUAUUAGCUACACUGAGAACUUGAUAGUUAGUAGACGUUCCUGAAGUACAAGCUGUUGAGAAGUUAAAGCUAAUGAUGGAUGUUUUAUUAGUCACUAGUUAGCUAAUCUAGUGUUCAAAUAAAAAAAGUAUUAGAACCUAAAUAGUUUGCAAUUACGACAAAAAUACAUCAGGCUAGCUAUCUGGCUAAUAAUAUUUUUUAAAAGCUCUUGAAAGUUAAUACUUUGUAACUACAACAUGAAAAUGCUAGAAACAACAAUUUAUUUCACAUUAGCUAGUUACCUACUCAUUAGCACUAUAUCUAGGAAGUGCUGAAAGGCAAAAACUUCUUAAUUACAACAGGAAAACAGCUAAAUACAAGAGAUAAGCUAAUUAGUUAAUCAUGUUUCUCAAUAUGGAGCAGUAGAGCACAAAGCUUACAUAUUUACAACAGGAAACUGUAAGAAAAACAUAGAUCAGUUUAACUGGUUUGCUUAUGAUCAGGUUUCUGACUGAACAUGCAUACAUAAACACAGAGAACUUUGUUAGGAUAACUCAGGAGUUUUCCUGUAAUCACGACUUAGCAAGUCAACAGAACCGAACAAUUUCCUGAACAAGUAAAUGCAUCAAAAACCCCAAAGCUAAAGAUGUCCCAUCAACCAGACUUUUCGGUAACCGUCCCAGAUCCGGCAACAGGAGGAGCACAUGGAACGUACAGAAGUUCAGGAGGUUUCUCAUUCCUCCCAUCAUUCCUCCGCCUCACCUUUACCCCGGCCUCCCUCGAGAGAGUCUAUCAGGCCUAUUUCCUGCGGCAACGGCAAGAGACACUGCUAGCACUGCUAGUUUCCGCUAUGCUGUUCAACUGCUACGUCAUCAUCAUGGCCGCAGUGCUUUAUUCCCCUGAUAAGCUAGCCACGCUGUUAGCGGCGAUAAUCGGGCUAGCUGUGAGCGUAGCAGUCUACAUCCUCUUGCGGUUACGUAAACUGCCGGACAAGGUGGUUCGUAAAGUCGUACCAUACGCUGCAUGGCUGCUGAUCACAGUUCAGGUGCUGUGCUACCUGGGCUUUAACUUUGCAGGUGUUUAUGAACCCGGGGACGCAGUGGGCUGGCAGACGUUUUUCACGUUUUCCUUCCUACUGACACUGCCGCUUCCACUGUCGCAUGUGGUUCUACUUGCUGCGCUGUCGUGCUGGACGCACACGGUGUUGCUGGGGAUUGUGGUGGCGCAACGGCGGCUGGAAAACCUAGAAAUACUGAUCAGACAGCUUGUUGCAAAUAUGAUGCUGUAUUUUGGUGCGAUGGUUGUGGGCGUGAUGUCAUAUUUCAUGGCUGAUCGCAAAUACCGCACAGCCUUUCUGGAGGCAAAACAGUCACUGGAGGUCAGUCUGACACUCGAUGAGCAGAGCACGCAACAGGAGGAGUUGUUGUUGUCCAUCUUGCCGAAGCACAUAGCAGAUGAGAUGCUGCAGGGAAUGAAGAAAGAGGCCAAUCAGAAAUCAGAAGCUCAGCAGUUCAACACCAUGUACAUGUACAGACACGAAAAUGUCAGUAUCCUCUUUGCUGAUAUUGUGGGAUUUACUCAGCUCUCGUCGGCCUGCAGCGCUCAGGAACUCGUAAAACUGCUCAAUGAACUCUUUGCCCGCUUUGACAAACUAGCAGCUCAAUAUCACCAGUUGAGGAUAAAGAUUCUGGGGGACUGUUAUUAUUGUAUCUGUGGAUUACCUGAUUACCGGCCAGACCACGCAGCCUGCUCCAUCAUGAUGGGCCUGGCCAUGGUUAAGGCCAUCUCGUACGUACGCGAGAAGACAAAGACGGAGGUGGACAUGCGUGUGGGGGUGCACACAGGGACGGUGCUGGGCGGAGUCCUGGGACAGAAACGUUGGCAGUUUGAUGUAUGGUCCACCGAUGUCACCGUGGCCAAUAAGAUGGAGUCUGGUGGCAUCCCAGGACGUGUGCACAUCUCCCAGAGUACGAUGGAGUGUUUGAGCGGAGAGUUUGAGCUGGAGGAGGGGAACGGAGGAGAGCGCUGCGACUAUCUGAUGGAAAAAGGUAUCGACACUUACCUGGUGCUCGUGCCCACCGAAACCAGUACAGAGGGUGGGCUGACGAACGGAGUAAACGGGGUCACAAAUGGAACUGUGGUCUGUAGGAACUCGCCCACCCUCAUCGCCACCACUCAGACCAACGGCAGUGUGCGUUCAGUCCGCAACAUCACAGCAGACACAGAGACGGCCGACACACAGAGGCUGCAGGUGAGCAGCCAGGCAGACGGAGGGACGGAAGACGAGCAUGACCUGAACACACUGCUGAAUAAAACUCUAGUGGACAGAGAGAUGGAGGAAACCCUGGAAGAGAAACGGACAUCUGUGCUCUCUCUGCGGUUUGUGGACCCUGAGUUGGAGACUCGGUACUCACUGGAGAAAGAGAGGCAGACUGGAGCGGCGUUCAGCUGUAGCUGUGUGGUUCUGAUCUUCACCUCUGCCAUGGAAAUGCUCAUAGACCCACAGCUGACAGUGAAUUAUGUAACUCUGGCGAUUGGAGAGGUGCUGCUCCUCAUUCUCACCAUCUGCUCACUGGCGGUCAUUUUCCCACGGUUGUUCUCGGAGAAGUUGGUGUCAUUCUCUCUGUGGAUUGAUCGGACUCGCUGGGCGAGAAACACCUGGGCAAUGGCAGCAAUCUUUGUCCUGGCCAUGGCUGAGGUGGCAGACAUGCUGAGUUGCAUGCAGCCCCCCCUGCUGUUGCUGAAUUCCACUGCAGGUUUUACUCUGGAAACUCUGGGCGAUGGGGGCUGCGCUGAGAACCCCAAACACUACAGCUACAUUGCCGUGCUCUCGCUGGUGGCCACCACCAUGCUGGUGCAGGUCAGCCACCUGGUCAAACUCGCACUAAUGCUGCUAGUUACUGUGGCAACCAGCGCAGUGGACAUCUACAGCUGGAGGGACAUUUAUGACAUUUACGACCUCAUACGUUACCUGGAGUACAGGAAUUCUGUGGUUCCCACUAAAUAUCUGAUGACAGUGAUGAUCAUUGUUAUGAUGAUUGGAUUGUACUACUUUGCUCGGCAUGUGGAGAGGCAGGCCCGGAAGUUGUUUCUAUGGAAGAUUGAGGUUCAUGAUCAGAAGGAGCGAGUGUACGAGAUGAGGACAUAUAACGAGGCUUUGGUCACCAACAUGCUGCCCGAACACGUGGCCAGACACUUCCUGGGCUCAAAGAAACGGGACGAGGAGCUGUACAGUCAAUCCUAUGAUGAAAUUGGUGUGAUGUUCGCCUCAAUCCCAAACUUUUCUGAUUUCUACACGGAGGAGGGCAUCAAUAAUGGCGGCAUCGAGUGUCUAAGAAUUCUUAAUGAAAUCAUCUCAGACUUUGAUUCUCUGCUGGACCGUACACAAUUUCUCUGCAUCACCAAAAUUAAGACGAUUGGCAGCACCUACAUGGCAGCAUCGGGCGUAACACCUGAGAGCAACACCAACGGAUAUAGCGACCGCAAAGAAGAGGAUCAGUGUUUUCUGGAGCGAUGGCAGCACCUGGCUGAUUUGGCUGAUUUUGCUUUGGCCAUGAAGGUCACCCUAAAUAACCUCAACAAGCAAUCCUUCAACAGCUUCAUGCUUCGGAUUGGGCUGAAUAUGGGUGGUGUGUUGGCUGGUGUGAUUGGAGCACGUAAACCACACUAUGACAUCUGGGGUAACACUGUUAAUGUGGCCAGCCGCAUGGAGUCCACUGGAGUUAUGGGUAAUAUACAGGUGGUGGAGGACUGCUACAAGAUACUGCGGGAGUAUGGGUUCCGCUUUGUAAGGAGAGGCCCCAUCUUUGUGAAAGGAAAAGGAGAGCUGCUCACUUACUUCAUGAAGGGGAAGGACAGCCCCCCUGUUACUAAUGGCAAGACAGUCAUCCCCACUCUGCCCAAUCAGAUACCGGACAAGUCCUGAUGAUGAACAGACAUGGAGAAGAGUUUCAGAGCAAAAAACACAUACAUUUGCACACAUACACACAUAUACACACAGAGAACCCGUUUAGAAACAUAAACUAUAUAACAUGUUUAGAGAAAGGAGGACCCUUUGAGAUCUUCACAACAGCUUCUGCAGACAGUGAAAUCUUUGAAAGGCCUGUAUUAUGGAGGAAUAAGAUUCAUGUACUGUACAUUUGUAUGUAAACACUGUUAACGUUUCAAUCUCCAGCUCAUACAAUCUCAUACAGUCAUACAAGAAAAUAAUGCUGCUUUUGAGCGUUUCUAGAAAGGUUGCAUAUAUUAAAUAGGCUAUAUAUAUGUCAACUAGAAAAUACAGCUUUACUCCAUUUAUAUAAAGGUAAGUCCACAACUCAGAAACUGAAAGCAUGGAGGAGUGAAGAAAGCCCAUGUGGCUUUUUCUUUGCUAUGAUCAAAAGUAUGUUUUGUCCAGUUUCCCUGAUAAUUUCACUAUUUUUCCUCUGUACACUGUAUAUAUAAAAUUUCAUAAACUUAUGUAACUAAUGUUCUUUGGUUGUUUAUUCCAUUUCACAAAUAGAACAAUUGGUAUUUCCCAGCCGAAAAGUAGCAAAAGAGCUUGUUUUGGGAUGGUCACAAAAACCCACUCAGGAUCAGCAAUAACAUUAAACCCACUGAAUGAUGAAGCUAAUAAUAUUGGUUACCUGUAUAUAUCAAUAUAUCAGAAAAUGUCAAUGAACCAUCAGCUCUUAAAGUUCAUGUAGGACAAUGAAGCAGGAAAAAUUGGCAGUUGGAUGACACUAUGACAAGGGCCUACACAACCUACACAAUAUCAGGUGGUUUGAAUAUUGUGGCUGAUCGUGCAUAUCAAUAUCUGCCUAUUUUUGUACAUAACCAGCUGCAACUCACAUCAUCACAUCAUUUGAUUUGGAUGUGUAAAUAUUUCACUGGAGCUAACUUUGCAGUUGUAUUAUCUGUAAAUGCUUUUAUUAGUGAUUAUUUAGAUUCUCCAGAUGUUUAACGUAACAGCUCAGAACAAUAACAAACAUAUUAUGGUACCUUGUAUAUUUCUUUUUGUAGUUUGAUUAAACAUUAUAUGACUCUUA